GCCGGCAAGAUGGCGGCGCGUGUGGUGGGUGUGCGAGGGAAUGAGCGGCCGCCUUUCUCUCCACCUCCAUCCCCGGACAAUGGUCAGAGACCGAGGAAACCACCACCACGUCCUCCUCCUCCUCCUCCUCCUCAAGCGGUUACAGCCGCUGCUGGCCAGGCCUCGAGCUGCCAGAUGAUUCGGCCGUCGGUCAGUGAGCUGAGCCGGGAGGUGCGGACCAACAUCCUGUGCACGGUGAAGGGCUGCGGCAAAAUCCUGCCCAACCCGCCGGCCCUCAGCAUGCACCUGGUCAAAUCGCACAGGGUGCAGGACUGCAGCAUUAAUCCAACUAUUAGGAAGGAUCUGAAGUCAUCUGUUCAGAAACUGUAUUGCUGCCCCAUUGAAGGCUGCCCAAGAGGACCGAAUAGACCAUUUUCCCAGUUUGCCCUUGUUAAGCAGCACUUUAUGAAAAUUCAUGCUGAAAAGAAACAUAGAUGUGACAAAUGUAGUAAUUCAUAUGGCACAGAAUGGGACUUGAAACGACAUGCUGAGGAUUGUGGGAGGAUCUUUCAGUGCACUUGUGGAUGUCCUUAUGCCAGUAGGCCAGCACUGUUGUCUCACAUUUACAGAACUGGCCACGAAAUCCCUCCUGAGCACCGGGAUCCGCCACGCAAGAAGAGAAAAAGUGAGUGGUCAAAUCAGAAUUGCUUGAACCAGGUAGCAAAAGUGAAGCAGGAAAUCCAGGUGGUCCAAGAUCCAACAGAGAUAAACCAAAAAACCUGCAUCAAAAACUCCUGUGGAGAUGACCACAUCAAGCAGCCUUCAGCUCCUGCCAAACAGAUUCAGAAAUUGUUGUUACCAAAGCCCAAGGUUGCACUUGUUAAACUUCCUGUAAUGCACUUGACACAUUUACCAGUUAUUUUAUCUUCAGGCACAUCCACAGAUAAUUCAGUCAAGUCCAUUGUUGUUGCUGUUGACGAUCAAGGAUCUAUUCUAAGCACACUGCAUAUUUUGCCUCCUUCGGUGGGAACUCUGACACCGUCUACAGAAGUGAAAGGGUUAAGUUUUAAAGGUGGUCUCCCCAUCUCCAAGGUUACUAGCAUCAUGAUGGUUGAACCUGUCAGUACUGCAGUGCGAGUCAACAUGGAUUCGGGUUUUGUCAAUAAUCAAGGUUUUCCCUCACUUGGAGACCUCAGCACAAAAAACAAAUUUAACUCCACAAAUGUUCAGACAGACGUAUCAUGCCUUGCACAGAACACAGCACCAGAAUCUCUAGCUACUUGCUACUCUACAGAGAACACAGUGUCGGCUUGUGCACAGACUGAUCUGAGUAUCAGCACUCAAGUUUUGUUACCUGUAAGUGUCCAUACACAAACGUUUGAACCGGAUAUGAAAAUCACGACAUCAAUAAGUGCUCAGACAGAUUCGUUUGUUCAGACUUGUUUUCCAUUGUUUGGUGUUUCCAGGAAAACACAAACUAAUUUGGUAAAUUCUGCUCAUGAUAAAAGCUCUGCAGUUCAAACACUAAUUAACACAAGUAAUCAUGAAGACAUUUUUGACCAUUCUUUGGUUUCUUCAUACAGUGUUUGCACACAAACUCAGACUAAUUUCCCUCUGGAUGCAGUGGGCAUUAACCAAAGGUUAUCCCAUGAUCUUUUACAGAGCCCCAAAUCAGCUGUUGAUUUUCAUAUUAACUCCACUUUACUUCAACAGAAUCCUAUGAUUGACAACCAAACUCAGACAAUUAACCUAUUCAAUGACUUGGAAAAUAUCCUGUCAGAAAGCAUAGCUAGUCAUUCAUUAGAAAACCGCGGUCUUUUAUCCGAUGCCUCUGGUGAGAGUAUGACGGGAACCCAGACACAUGGUACAGGUAUUGACUUCGAUAUUGAAUUUUUAUCUGCAAGCAACACGCAAACACAGACAGAAGAGAAUGAAUUUGGUACUUUGCACACAGAGUCUGCUUUGGAAUCUCUGGAUAUUGAGACUCAGACAGACUUCUUGUUUUCAGACCAUCUUGCUCAAGGGUUCAAUGGCAGGGGACAGUCUAGCUAUUUAGGGCUAGAAAUGUUUGAUACACAGACUCAAACAGAUGUCAAUUUCUUGGUAGAUGGCAGUACACAUCUACCUCUGGACAGUAUUUUGAAACAGUCCAGUUUAUCUCUAAGUGGAGAGUCCUCUGGUACCAAAACUCAGACUCCUGAUGUAAUUUAUAGAAAUAAUUUCACUUGCAUCCCUGAAAGCCAUGUCCGGUCAAACUGCACUGAAACACAGACGACCUUUGAAAACCUCAGCAGUCUGUUCUUCACUAGCAAUGAGACACAGACUGUAAUGGAUGACUUUCUCUUGGCAGAUAUGGCAUGGAACACAAUGGAAUCACAUUUCAGUUCAGUGGAAACACAAACCUGCGAUGAAAUAUUUUCCUUGUUUCAAAAUACUGAUAAAAACAGUGAAUUGCACAGCUAAAGAGCAGCAUUUAAUUUCUGGAUUGGUGCACUGGAAAGUGGCAACAUUUCAUAAAGUGUGGUGUUGCAUUACUGUUGCACCUCUUUUGGUAGCCAUGUUUGGGGAUGGGAGGAAAGUAGGGAAAUUUCAAACUUAAACUAAUCCAGUUACUGGAGUCUUUCUCCUCUCUGGGUGUUUGGAUCCCUUUCCCAUGGAUUAAAAACUUUCUAUGAAUGCUGAUCUGUGAUUCAGCAUUCUUUAGUUUUUGAGAGUAAUUGCCUUCUGAUCCAUGGCCCCCAUCCAGUUUGACUUUUGCUUUCCCCAUGACACUUUCCUUCGAUGCACGGCUAGCGUACAUACUCAAAUGUUUACAAAGCCAUGUCUACAUGUGAGGAAUCAUACUUACUCCCUUGCCAUUUCAGAUUUUCUUGUGUUAGUUUUCACUGGUCUCUGUACCUUCCACCUUGGUAUCUGGCUUCUUUAGGGGUGAGAAAUAGAUGCCAGAGACCCCCUUGUACUUUGGACAAAAGGCAGUUAUUCACACAUGGCCCUUGCUAUCUUAUGUAGAAAGGUCUUCAGCUAAACCAAUAACUCUGGACACAUUCUUAAAGAUUUCAACACCGUCUCCUGUUUCUAUACAUUGUGGUCUAAAAGUACGGUUUUGCCAAUGUGAUAUUUAAAAAUGUUUAAAGAUCUUUCUUUUAAAUAUUUGUUUUUCAUGUCCUUGAGUUUAGUGAACUCCAGAUUAAAUUUUGAGGUUUGACAACCCUAUUCCAAAUCUGGUUCAUGUCCACAUAUGCACGGUGUAAACGUGGUUUGUUUAAAUAUCAGUUGGGGAAUAAGAGUUCCUAUGCUGGUCGCUCCCUACCUCAUCUAGUGGCAGUUCGUUAAUCAUCAUGCUUCAGCCUUUGACCUGAUGUCAGUACACAAACUGCAUGUUCAAAUUCUAACCGUAUUGGUGUCUGUGACUUUACUACUCCUUGAGCAAUUCACUAGCUGAAUACUUUCACACAAUGCAGAGAAAUCAUGAAAUAGCGUAUCUUCAUUGUGCAGUGCAUUUUAUUCCCCAGUAAAUUUAUGGCAUAAUGCUUUUCAUUCUACCUGUUACCUCUGCUGUAAAUUAGAUUAAAGUUACUUUACUUGACCAGAUUAGUGCAAAGCUUCCAUAGCCUUCCAACAAAGAACAAACCUAAUCUACCCAACCCUGAAGUGGCCAAUCUCGGUGAUUCUGCUCUCAUUACUUGUAGAAUUUGCUCAUGUAACAGCCUUUAGGUCCUUUGGUGGCUACAAAUUUGAAUUAUUCAUGCAAGAAGUGUUUUGUAAACCUUUUUGGCUGAGUUUUGUGCCCUGGGUCUUUGGAAAUUGCAUUGCGCUUUCACGUGACCAUUCUCAGUGCUGCUUGCAAUCUAAUCAAAUUGCUGACAUGAAGCAGUCAAAGAUGUUGUGUUGGACUAUGUUUGGGCAUUUGUCUGGGCCUUCAGAGUAAAGAAUUCCCAGCUUUGUGGGCACAAACUGUUAAUGUUGCCAUCAGCUCUGCUAAAGCAGGCUGUAAUCAAGAAAUGCUCCACCCGAAUCCUACCUUGGAGUGCCAGUGCCUGAUCAUCCAUGCUUCAGUCUGUCAGUGAAUUAUUUCAUGGCAGGCCCAGCCUUGAAAUUGGUCUCAACCUAUUGUCUGUGAUUUAUCUUGACCAGCUUAUGACAUCUCAAAAUAUACCUUCCAUACAAAUGACUGUCAUUCACAUAAUAGAGAUCCUAUAUUUUUGGUAACUUUUGGAUCUCAAAUCCAGGUUUGUAGCAAAUGUCAUGAAAAUAUUCCCAUUAUUAUGAAUGGGAUCCUAUCUAGACCUUAUCCAAAUGCUAUGUGCUGCUGUAUCCUUGCUAUGUCACUGAAAAAUUUGAGACACAUUUAGAAGAUGAGUUCUCCAGGGGAAAUUUUUUUGCUUGCUACAUAUAGUGGCUAUAUCUUUUCUACCUGAAUCUCAGGAAAAAUAUAUAGUUUUGUUUCACUUCCAUGGGGUCGACAUCUGUGUUCCAGGCUCCUAAUUGGGAUACAUUUCUAUUACAAACACUCUCUUUUCAAAAAUGAAUCUUCUAAGUCUACUAGCAUGUUUGGAGUUCUCAUGUGAUCAGAAGCCUUUCUGGAAAUCAGCAUCAAUUCCUACAUUGGGAGAUAAAGUACUAAAUUGUCAGCACCUGCUUUGAGAACUUUACAGAAUUGCUGAUUCUCAGAAACUAGUAAAUUUUUUAAAAAUUCCAUAGGACUGACCCAUAUUGCAUGCUAGGGACAUGCUGAGUUGAUUCUCUCAACUAAGGAGAGAUGCAGGUUAUUGAGCAUCUUGAUAUUAACAUCCCAUUUGCAAGUGCAAACUCCUGUUUGUGGAAGCUGCACAAAUUUUUAGAUGCAUUUGAUUUUCCCAAAUAAAAUUUGGUGUUUAAGUUUUUUUUUUCUGGGAAAUCAAAUGUUCAGAAAUAAAUUACAAACUACCUGAUUGCCUCUAGUAGUGCUUGGGAUAUUAUGAGGCACCUGUUAAAGAUGGACAAGGCCUUUUAAAGGCUACGUUUAGUUGCUAAAUUUUAUCUGCUUCCUGUUUUCCAGUUGAUCCAAAACACUCAACAACACCUGUUCACAGCUAAUGGUUCUGGUGGAUUUGUGCUCCUGACUCCCCAGUUAGUGCUAUCAGUAAACACCAAGCAGGGCAGUGUCUUGGAUUACUGUGUUUCAAAGUGCAUGUCUCAAAUUAGAGCAGUAGCUCUUCACCCGAAGCUGCUUUUAACUCUAUUUCAUUGUUGAGGUGUGACAACAGCCAUUUUGUAUUGCACAAAAUACUGACUUGUUAUGCAUCUUUAAAUAUUUUUGGUUUUCUACAUUUUGAGAGCGCCCUACAGCUAUAUUUGGCUAUGCAUUUCAUUCGUUUAAUAAAUGUAGCUCUUACAGUAUUAAACCAAAAGUUCAACUGUCUUUUCAGUGACGUUGCCUGUAUUUGCAUUCGCAUUUUUUCAGUGCUAAGUGUAGGUUUGUCUCUGAUAGCAAUUUCAUGUCAAUUUGUUUUUAAAAUUCCAUCCCAAAAAUCAACUGUUGGACCCUCCACUGACUAGUAUUUCUGUGCAUAUCUCUAGUUGCUCUUGAAUGUGUAUUUGUUUCAUGAGUUGGUUUGCAGUUGAUGUGCUGCACUACUUUCAUAAUACCACUUUAAUUUUUCCAUUUAUUGUCCAUUUGUUCCUGGUGGUAGUUGUUUCUUAAAUAGUGAAGUGUAAUCUUUGUGGCCUCUGGAAUGAACUGUUUAAUAUGGCUACACUUAAUAUUUGGUACUAAAUUUAUUUAGGCAAAAUAAUACUCUUAAUUGGUACGCUUUAAAUGCUGCGCCAAACUGCUUUUGUGACACUAGUAAUUUAUUGCUCAAGUUGGCUUUAUCACAAGCAGUUUGUAAUUGAACUGUAACCAUAAAUAUUUUGUUGUGUUACAAAGCUUAAAAUGCUGACCACAGACAGACUAUUUUACUCACCUCAGUUUAAGUGAUCAUAGUGGCCAAUGAUUCACUGAAAUCCUGGUGUAGCAAGUAGCGCACAGAUGAGUUAGCAUUUUGAAUCCACUUCUUCGAAAUCAUUAACACUGUAAAUAGUUUGAUAAACUCAAAAGAAAUAUUUUGCCCAUUGAUCAAAAUCAUUAUCUUUUUGUUAACAGCUAUAGCAAACAAGCAUAUCUGCACACAGUGACUGGAUUAAUUACUGCACUGCAGGCUUACAGGAGCAUUCUGCAUGUUCUAACCGAAGUGUUGCAGAUGUAACCUGCUGUGUCAGUGCACCUUGUGUACUCAUUUUUUAAAAUGCUUUGUUUCUAAGUCAGACAAUGUGCCCUGUGUAGCUUGUCCUAUGUGACAUACUUCAUAUUUCAUGUUUUGUUUGUACUGUCUUUUAUUGAAGUAAACUUUAGUUAUGUAAAUCACGUUUUUGUGGCUAAUCUCCUUAUGCAGUUUUUUGUUAUUUUUAAACUGUAUGUCCAUGCAGUGCGUUAAUGUUAUCCAUGUUCUUGUGUGGGAUGCAUUAAGAUUGCUUGCUUUGGGAAAUCAGUUGUUUGGCUAAAAAUGCCAAAGUGAUCAAGCUUUUGAGGUAGAAUAAGUGGCAGUGUUACUUUUUAUUUUUGGCAGGUUGGUGAAUUAUCCCUUUUAAAACUUUCCUUUGAUUUGAAUUUCACUUCUCUUAAAUGCCUUGGUGUUAUAUGUCUCAGUAUAUUUUCCCGUCUUGCUUCACUGACUAAUUGUCCUGGAUUCGGUUUUCUGUCUAAAAGUAACAAUUUUUGACAUUCUUGGGACAGGACGGGGGCAAAUCAACCACUGUUCACAUUCCUGUUCGCUGCCCAGUAGAUAUGCAAUGGCCUAAGGAGUGAUGUUGGGUAAGGACAGAAUUUGGCUCGGUGAUGCAGGCUCACUCAUUAAAUAUCUAAACUGUUAUGGAGGGAUAGCCACAUAGUUUCUUUUUGCCAAUUUUGACUUACCACCUAUUACAUGGGCUGAUGAGUUCUUGUUUUUGAUUACUGAGAUGAUUUUACAAAAAUUAGAGUUGUAAUUUAUUUUUUUUCUGUUUUGUUAGUUUGGAGCUUGCAUCUAAAAAUGUGAGAUUCAUGACUUUGUUGUUUCACAAAACACAGGUUUUGUGACUAAAUUGUGUUUAUUUAAUAAGUAGCUGCUCCAUAAGAGCAGACAAGUUUACUUGCAUAUAUUUUCCUUUUGGCAUUACAUGUUGAAUUGAGAGUCCCACUUGACUGUGUAAAUAUCACAAAGGUCAUUUCAGUGCAGGUAAACUAUUGUGCCACAAGUGAUUUUCUUUCAGUGUUAAUAUGCAUUUUGUCAUGUGAGUGAGCAUUUCUUUUAAGCUGAUGCUUAACUUCACUUAUUUUGUUGUACUCCACUUAGCUGGAAUUUUGCACAUUAAGUUAUUUUCCCAGUGUAUCGUGUUAGUGGAUGUUUUGUGCAAAGCACAUGGAUG